UUCAAUUCAAUUCAUGUAGCUUUAAACCAAAAAAAGAAAAAAGAAAAAAUUGGUCUGCCUUAUCAUAUCAGUGAAUCACCCCCGAAAACAGUUGCUUCAGUCACUGGACAGUGGGUGGACACUCUCACCGGCGAGCUCACCCAUUACACACUCUCUACAUGCAUUCAUGUCAACCGUUAUCUUCCCUUACAGUUACAGUUACAGUUACAGUUACAGUCUCACACGUGUCCCAUUCAAACUCAACCGCUCAUCUCCUCGAACAAUAACCGUUCGCGCCGCGGCAGUUUCAGCUCCGGCGGAGAAGCGAACCAGGAAGAAGAAGCAGCCGAAGGAUGACGACACUGCGCUCGAGAACGGCCUCCGCUUCAGCUUCAUGGAGGAGCUCAUGAACCGCGCCAGGAACCGUGACUCCGCCGCCGUCUCCGAACUCAUCUACGACAUGAUUGCCGCCGGCCUCAACCCUGGCCCUAGGUCGUUUCAUGGCUUGGUUGUGUCGUACGCUCUCAACGGCGACGAACAAGCUGCGAUGGAUUCGCUGAGGAGGGAGCUCGGUGCGGGGCUUCGACCGGUUCACGAGACGUUUGUGGCGUUGGUGAGGUUGUUUGGCUCUAAAGGGAGUGCUACUAGAGGGCUGGAAAUACUUGCAGCCAUGGAGAAGCUAAAUUAUGAUAUUAGACAAGCUUGGCUUAUUCUAAUUGAGGAACUUGUUCGGAACAAGUAUUUGGAGGAUGCCAACAAAGUAUUCAUGAAAGGUUCUAAGGGGGGCCUUAGGGCCACUAAUGAGAUUUAUGAUCUUCUAAUUGAGGAAGACUGCAAAGUUGGUGACCAUUCUAAUGCCUUAGAUAUUUCCUAUGAGAUGGAGGCAGCUGGCCGGAUGGCAACCACGUUCCAUUUCAAUUGCCUCCUUUCUGUGCAGGCUACCUGCGGAAUACCUGAAGUAGCUUUUGCAACAUUUGAGAAUAUGGAAUAUGGAGAAGAUUUUAUGAAGCCUGAUACAGAGACAUAUAAUUGGGUUAUUCAAGCAUAUACUAGAGCUGAAUCUUAUGACAGAGUACAAGAUGUUGCUGAGUUGCUUGGCAUGAUGGUUGAAGAUUAUAAGCGCAUACAGCCCAAUGUGAAGACCCAUGCGCUGUUAGUGGAGUGUUUUACCAAGUACUGUGUAGUACGAGAAGCUAUUAGGCAUUUCCGUGCACUUAUAAACUUUGAAGGGGGUAUAAAAGCUCUACAUAAUGGAGGGAACUAUGGAGAUCCUCUUUCUUUGUACCUUCGGGCGUUAUGUCGGGAAGGAAGGAUUGUCGAAUUGCUUGAAGCUUUAGAAGCUAUGGCCAAAGAUAACCAUCCAAUCCCCCCACGGGCAAUGAUCUUGAGCAGAAAAUACCGGACAUUGGUGAGCUCAUGGAUUGAACCUUUACAAGAGGAGGCUGAACUUGGUUAUGAGAUUGAUUAUAUUGCUAGAUACGUUGAAGAGGGUGGCCUUACCGGUGAGCGCAAGCGGUGGGUGCCGCGAAGUGGUAAAACACCUCUAGAUCCUGAUUGCGAUGGAUUUAUAUAUUCAAACCCAAUGGAAACCUCCUUCAAACAAAGAUGCGUUGAAGAGCUGAAGUUGCACCAUAAAAAGGUUUUGAAAAACUUGCAAUUUGAAGGACUUGCAGCUUUAGGGGAUGGCGUAUCCGAAUCUGAUUAUAUUAGAGUGCUGGAGAGGCUAAAGAAACUAAUAAAAGGGCCUGAACAGAAUGUUUUAAAGCCUAAGGCUGCUAGUAAAAUGGUUGUGUCUGAAUUGAAGGAAGAACUAGAAGCUCAAGGUUUACCGAUUGAUGGGACAAGAAAUGUUCUUUACCAGCGUGUACAGAAAGCAAGGAGGAUAAACCAAUCUCGUGGUCGGCCCCUUUGGGUUCCUCCUGUGGAAGAAGAGGAAGAAGAGGUAGAUGAAGAGCUAGAUGCAUUAAUUUCACGUGUAAAGCUGGAGGAAGGAAAUACAGAGUUCUGGAAACGUCGCUUCCUAGGGGAAGGCUUAACUAGUGAUCAUGGAAAGCCAAUGGAUGCUGGUACAUCAGAGUCCCCUGAAGUUCAAGAUGAUGUUGAUGAUAUAGAGGAUGCUGCGAAAGAGGUUGAAGAUGAUGAAGCAGAUGAUGAUGGUGAGGAAGCAGAACAGGCUGAAGAGGAAGUAGAACCAGUAGAGAACCAAGAUGUAGACAGGGUAAAGGACAAGGAAGUUGAAGCUAAAAAGCCCCUUCAAAUGAUUGGAGUCCAGUUGUUGAAAGAUUCUAACCAGCCCACUGCCACAUCUAAAAAGUAUAAAAGAAGAUCUCGAGUGCAGGCUGAGAAUGAUGAUGAUGAUGAUUGGUUUCCUUUGGACAUAUUUGAGGCAUUUGAGGAAAUGAGGAAGCGGAAAGUGUUUGAUGUAUCAGACAUGUAUACCUUAGCAGAUGCUUGGGGAUGGACAUGGGAGAGAGAACUGAAGAACAAACCUCCCCGUAGAUGGUCACAGGAGCGGGAAGUUGAGUUGGCAAUUAAAGUUAUGCAGAAGGUCAUAGAAUUAGGAGGGGCACCAACUAUAGGAGAUUGUGCCGUGAUCUUGCGUGCAGCUAUAAGAGCACCUCUACCUUCAGCUUUCUUGACGAUUUUACAGACAACUCAUGGUCUUGGUUAUAAGUUCGGGAGACCACUCUAUGAUGAGGUCAUCUCUCUCUGCGUUGAUAUUGGGGAACUAGAUGCAGCUGUUGCCGUAGUUGCAGAGUUGGAGACCACCGGGAUCUCGGUUUCAGACCAGAUUUUGGAUAGGGUAAUUUCUGCUAAGCAGAAAAUUGACGACCCUUCCAGUGGUGACAUUAUAGAUGUGGAAUUUGCUUCAGUUCCCUUUUCUUCCAAGAGGAAAAAUAAGUUAAACACAGCACCUCAAGUAGAACCUUGUGCAUAACUUGCAUGUGCAAGUUGUCCUUGUUGAAUGAUGAUGCAGAUGGAGAAAAAUGCACCUGAAUUGAUAGUGAUACUUAUAUUACUUUUUCAACAACCCUGUCUGUGUGUCCCUUCUGAAGGGCUCAACGCAGAAGGUAAAUACCUUCUGGACAUAAAAGAGAGAUUGUUUGACAAGAACAACACUCUUUUCAACUGGAACUCAAGUGAUUACACACCUUGUGGUUGGAACGGUGUCCUCUGCAGCACUGGAAUCAAUCCAGUCGUGAUAUCUCUUAACUUACAUGCAAUGAACCUUUCUGGCUCUUUAUCUCCCAGCAUCGGUGGUUUGGUUCACUUGCACCACCUUGAUCUAUCUCAAAACACUUUGUUUGGGGUUAUACCAAUUGAAAUUGGUAACUGUUCAAGUUUGGAGGUUCUUAGUCUUGACAAUAAUCAAUUUGGAGGCCAAAUUCCUGUUGAAAUAGGUAACCUUUCAAAUUUAACAGAAUUGUAUCUUUUCAACAACCAACUUUCUGGGCCUAUUCCAGAGGAGAUUGGCAAACUUUCCUCACUCUCAAUACUUAUUGUAUACACCAAUUAUCUCAAUGGAUCUUUGCCAAGUUCUAUUGGGAAGCUUAAAAAAUUGAGACGCUUCCGCGGGGGGGAGAACAUGAUAUCAGGAAGCCUACCUCAAGAGAUAGGUGGGUGUGAGAGCUUGGAGUAUCUUGGUUUGACUCUGAAUCAGAUAAGUGGUGAGAUACCAAAGUCACUUGGACAGCUCCAGAACAUUCAAUAUUUGGUCCUCAGGGAAAAUAAUCUUCAUGGGGCCAUACCCAAAGAGCUUGGAAACUGUUCCAGUUUGGAGGUUCUAGCUCUUUAUCAGAACAAUCUUGUCGAAGAAAUUCCCAAGGAGCUGGGAAACCUUGCCUUGCUUAAGAGGUUGUACCUUUAUAGGAAUGAGUUGACAGGAAAUAUUCCAAGGGAGAUUGGGAAUCUGUCUCAUGCAUUGGAGAUUGAUUUUUCAGAGAACCUGCUCACAGGAAAGAUACCUGUUGAGUUGGUUAAAAUAACAGGUCUGCACUUGCUUCAUCUUUUUCAGAACAAGCUAAGUGGUGUUAUCCCACAUGAGCUCACCAACUUGAAAAACCUGAGUGAGCUUGAUCUCUCUAUUAACUAUCUGAAAGGUGCUAUUCCUCCUGGAUUUCAGAAUCUGACCAACUUGACCUCUUUGCAACUAUUCAACAAUUCAUUGAGUGGUACCAUUCCUAAAGCACUUGGAGCAAAUAGUCCCCUCUGGGUGCUUGAUUUGUCAUUCAACUACUUGGUGGGAAGAAUUCCAAUCCAUCUUUGCCAACAUGUUAACUUGGUUCUGUUGAAUUUAGGAUCGAACAAGUUCACUGGGAACAUCCCUUACGAAAUCACAAGCUGCAAGUCCUUGGUGCAGCUGCGUCUCUUCAAUAACAGCCUCAGAGGAAGGUUUCCUUCUAAUUUGUGCAAACUUGGAAACCUUUCUGCAGUGGAGCUGGAUCAGAAUGACUUCACCGGUUCCAUUCCUCCGCAAAUUGGAAACUGCAAAAAUUUGCAAAGACUUCACCUUUCUAACAACCACUUUUUGUCUGAAUUGCCAAAAGAAAUUGGUAACCUCUCACAGUUGGUCACUUUCAAUGUCUCAUCAAAUUAUCUUGUUGGUAGACUGCCUAAGGAGCUCUUUUACUGCAGGAAGCUCCAAAGGCUUGAUCUUAGCCAUAACAAUUUCUCAGGUGCUUUUCCAGGUGAGAUAGGAAUUCUUUCACAGUUAGAGCUUCUCAGGCUCUCACAUAACAAUUUUUCCGGGAAUAUUCCUGUGCCCAUAGGAAAACUCUUGAGAUUAACUGAGUUACAAAUGAGUGACAACUUGUUUUCUGGUUGCAUUCCACAUCAAUUAGGUGCACUCUCAUCCUUACAAAUUGCAUUGAAUCUCAGUUAUAAUAAUCUCUCAGGUGAAAUACCCUCUAAGCUUGGAAAUCUCAUCAUGCUAGAAUCCCUCCAACUCAACAAUAACCAUUUGAGUGGUAAAAUCCCAGACUCCUUUGAGGAACUAUCAAGUUUACUUGCCUGCAACUUCUCAAACAAUGAUCUCAGUGGCCCUUUACCUUCCUUACCCCUCUUUCAAAACUCCAAAUUCAGCUCCUUUUCUGGAAACAAAGGACUCUGUGGAGGACAUCUUGGCCCUUGCACAAAUUCAGCCUCGCCCUCUUCUUCAAGUAAACUAGGGAAAAUUCUGGCUAUAGCUGCAGCUGUUGUUAGCGGAGUUUCUUUGGUUUUAAUUGCAUUCAUUAUACAUCUCAUGAGAAAACCCUUGGUGCCGCGGCAAGAUACGGAUAGAUCAUGCUCUCUACCUGUUGCAGACAUGUACUUCUUCCCAAAGGAGGGGCUAACUUUCCAAGACACGGUUGAAGCUACUGAAAACUUUCAUUCCAAAUAUGUGAUUGGAAAAGGAGGUAGUGGAACUGUGUACAGAGCAGACAUAUCAACUGAUCAUACUAUUGCUAUUAAGAAGCUGACAUCAAGCAGCAACAGCAUCAACAAGGGUUGCUUCCGUGCCGAAAUCUUAACUUUGGGGAAAGUGAGGCAUCGGAAUAUUGUGAAAUUAUAUGGUUUCUGCAACUACCGUGGCUCAAGUAUGAUUCUUUAUGAGUACAUGGAGAAGGGUAGUUUGAGGGAGUUACUUGAUGGAGCAAUUUGUAGUCUUGAUUGGGGUGUUCGGUUUAGGAUUGCUCUUGGAACUGCACAUGGACUCUCUUAUUUGCACCAUGAUUGCAAACCAAGGAUUAUUCACCGUGAUAUAAAGCCAAGUAACAUACUUAUUGACCAUGAAUUUGAAGCUCAUGUUGGGGACUUUGGCUUGGCAAAGCUGAUUGAUAUGUCAUGGUCUAAAUCAAUGUCUGCAGUUGUAGGUUCUUACGGCUACAUUGCCCCAGAGUAUGCAUACACAAUGAAAGUCACAGAAAAAUGUGAUGUCUACAGCUAUGGUGUUGUCCUUUUGGAAUUACUCACCGGGAAGAAGCCAAUACAAUCGAUAGAUCAAGGUGGUGAUCUCGUGACAUGGGUGAGAAAUCAUAUCCACAAUCAUUCCUUGUCAAUUGACAUCCUUGAUGCUCGAUUGGACCUGCUAGAUGAAAUGGAUGUUGCUCAAACCUUUGAUGUUUUGAAAAUUGCUCUGUUCUGCACCAACUCGUGCCCUUCUAAACGCCCAAGCAUGCGUGAGGUUGUGUCAAUGCUUACAAGUUCUUGUAAAAGAACAGAGCAAGUCUCCUCCUCUCCAUGUUCAGAAUUAAGUUAGAAAAGAAUGACUAUUUGUUUGUGUACAUGUAUGAUGAACUUUGGACUGAUAUGGGCGGACCGAAUCACUUUACUUUGGGCUUAUCAUUAUCGUGUAACAAAUGGGCCGGGCAACCCAUGGUCCAGCCGGGCCAAAACCCAAGCUAUAAAUAAAAGAGGACCGCCCAAGCGGUGGGGAUCCUAUCAUUUCACGCAUUUUACUCACUUUGU